GCACAGUUGACGUCAAAUAACAGCUGAUAGGAGGCGCUUGCGCACGAUAGCACCAACGUUCCUCUCUAGCUACAGAAGUGCGGCUUACUUAUAGUGUACAAGUGAGUUAUUUGAAGUCGUCGAAGCAAGGACAGUCGCAAUUUAACCGUUUCAAUAAUUCCGAAGGUUAAACAUGUUUAGCACCCUACGACGUUUAUUUGAGCAGUCUUUAAAAAAGCGCCCUCUGUUGACGAAUUAUGUAGUUUACGCUUCCUUCUACACGGCUGCGGAGUUCACACAGCAGACUGUAAACAAAUAUUACUUGCCAAAUAAACCAGACUACAACCUCACCUCUGGAGCUCGCGUUGUCAUGGUAGGCAGCACGCUGUACGCACCCAGUCUAUAUUAUUGGUACAAAUUCCUAGACAAGAAAUUUUCUGGUACUGCCUUCAAGACGGUGAUCACCAAAGUGCUGUGUGACCAGUACACCAUGACACCAGUUCUGUUGGCCUGCUUCUUUAUAACUCUAAGCGUACUGGAGGGCAAGCAAGACAUUUUCGAAGAACUUCGCCAUAAAUAUGUAAAAACGUUCAUGGCGAAUCAAGGGUUUUGGCUCCCAGUACAGACUAUAAACUUUUUCUUCUUGCCACCACAUCUUCGUGUGGCAUAUGUAGCGUCAGCCUCAUUCAUCUGGAUCAACGUGCUGUGUUACAUCAAGCGACAGCAGAUCAGUGCCAAUCAGAAAGCAUUGCAAUCAAAGUAGGAUACAGCCUAGACCUAAUCUAGACCUUAGUACAUGCAGCAAGGUUCACUUUAUGCAGGAAACUUUAUCGCUAUCUUUCUCAAUGUUGUCGGAAACUUAAAACACAGAAUCAG